CUUGUGAUGUAAGUCUCGCGAGAAGUUGCGGAGGAAGCGCGAGGGUUUGUGUAACACAUGCAGGAAAUGUGGCGUCCUUUGACGCACUGACACAGCUCCGUCCAUGGCGGGACGAUUGAAGAAACAGCUCAAAGAGGCCGUGAAGGUCAUCGGCUCAGGCAGCCUUUUGUUUGCCUCCUACCUCACCCUGGUUGGAGAUGAGCGCUUCUAUGCCAACCAGCUGAUGCCUCUGCUCCAGAGGUUCGUGGGCCCAGAAACAGCACAUGUGUUGUCGGUGAAGAUGAUCGGACUGGGCCUGGUUCCUCUGAACCGCUACCAGGACCCUGCAUCCCUGGAAGUGAAUGUGCUUGGACUGAAGUUCAAAAACCCUGUUGGGAUCGCAGCAGGCUUUGAUAAAAACGGAGAGGCUGUUGACGGCUUGUACAAACUGGGUUUUGGUUUUGUUGAAGUGGGGACGAUCACUCCGAAGCCUCAGGAGGGGAAUCCCAAACCCCGCGUGUUUCGGCUCACUGCGGAUCAGGCAGUAAUUAACAGGUAUGGAUUUAACAGCUGCGGUUUGGCAGAAGUCCACACAAGGCUGAAGGCUCGGGCAGAAACGCAGCAGGAGCACAGCAACACCGGCCUUCCCCUGGGCAUCAACCUGGGGAAGAACAAGCUUUCCCCAGAUGCAGCUGCAGAUUACUCGGAGGGGGUGAGAGCUCUGGGCCCGCUUGCUGACUACCUGGUGGUCAACGUCAGCAGCCCUAACACACCAGGUCUGCGAGAUCUCCAGGGGAAGGCUGAACUCCGCCAGCUUUUAUGCACGGUGUUAAAGGAGCGGGAUGCUCUGCAGGAGGAACACAAACCUCCGGUCCUGGUAAAGAUCGCUCCUGACCUCUCUGCCCAGGACAAGCAGGACAUCGCCGAUGUUGUUUCUGAGCUUGGAGUGGAUGGUUUGAUGGUGUCUAACACCACUGUGUCCAGGCCGGAGGCGCUUCAAGACCCGCACAAGUCUGAGACUGGUGGGCUGAGCGGCCAGCCCCUCAAAGACCUGUCCACUAAGACCGUCAGAGAAAUGUACAACCUAACCAAAGGUAAAGUGCCGAUCGUUGGGAUUGGCGGCGUGGCCAGCGGACAGGAUGCGAUGGAUAAGAUCCGGGCUGGCGCCUCGCUGGUCCAGCUCUAUACGGCUCUGACCUAUCAGGGUCCGCCCGUGGUGACGAAGAUAAAGCGAGAGCUGGAACAACUUCUAAAAGAUCAAGGUUUCAGCUGUGUCUCUGAGGCUGUUGGAGCCGAUCACAGGCAAGCAGAGGGAAAAUCUUAGCGCUCUCUCGCCUCCCAGGGCUCUGCAGCACGUGUGGUAGCCAUGUCCUCAGCAUAAACCAACGCAAUCAUCAGUCUUCUGUAAUAAAUUCAAUUUCAUCGUUAUUGUUCAUAAGUCUGUUUGGAGUCCCUGGAAAAUAAAAGAUAUGUUUUCGUAUUGAG